AUGAGACCUGCUGUUGAGAUCGUUUACCAGGCUGACCUCAAUAGGGAUGCUUCAUCUCAGCAUUGCGUGGAGGCAGACGAGGCAGUACACCUUGGAUCCAUCGACCGGCCGACAGGAAAUCCAUUUCUCAAUAUCGAAGAUCUGGUCAAAACAGCGUUGGCGUGCAAAGCAGAUGCAAUUCAUCCCGGAUAUGGAUAUUUGAGUGAGAAUGCGCAGUUCGCGGACGCCGUGCGAGCCGCUGGUAUCAUUUACGUUGGACCCAGCUCUCAAGCCAUUCUCACUCUGGGUGACAAGAGAUCCGCUAAGGAGUACCUCCUGGAACAUGAACCCAGCAUCCCCCUUAUCCCAGGCUAUGCCGGCUCUUUCUCAGGAAAAGAACUGGAAGAACAAGCUUCUAAGAUAGGGUUCCCCGUGAUGAUCAAAGCGUCGGCUGGUGGAGGUGGAAGAGGCAUGCGAAUAGUCAGAGACCAGGCCAGCUUACAGGAAGAAGUGGAAUUGGCUCAGUCGGAGGCUCAAAGAUCAUUUGGGUCUUCGGAUUGCAUCCUCGAGAAAUACAUCGCCUCGGGCAAGCACGUUGAAGUCCAGAUCAUGGGAGAUAGCAGUGGAGAAGUGAUGUCGCUAUGGGAGCGAGACUGCUCCGUUCAACGGCGACAUCAAAAGAUCAUCGAGGAAAGCCCAUGCACUUGGCUGAGUCAGGAGCAACGCGAGCGUAUAUGCGCAGCAGCUGUAAGAAUCGGACAGCUCUUGAAAUACGAAGGGGCAGGAACGGUAGAGUUCAUGGUUGACAUACAGACUGGAGAAUUUUACUUCUUAGAGGUCAAUGCUAGACUUCAAGUCGAGCACCCCAUCACGGAGGAGUGCACGGGCUUCGACAUCGUGUCUCUGCAGCUCUACGUCGCUAGCGGUGGGCUUCUGCAACAUGUCAACAUAUCUGGUCGUGUUCAGCAGAAUGGGCAUGCGAUUGAAUGCCGAUUAUGUGCUGAAGACCCCGACCAGAAUUUCGCACCUCAACAUGGGCUUGUUCGCCUGUGGCAACCCUCCCCUGAAUACCAAGGUAGAGAUUUCCGAUAUGAGACCGCCAUUCAAUCCGGAGGCAGAGUUUCUAUAUACUUUGACUCCAUGAUUGCAAAGAUUGUCGUAUGGGCGCCAACACGCUCGCUCGCAAUCCAAAAGAUGGUGAAGGUCUUAGCAAACACCCCUUGUGUGGGAGUGCGGACAAACCAACUGUUCCUCCAGGCAUGCCUUACGCAUCCAAGUUUCAACCGAGUCGACUAUACCACGGCAUUCAUCCCAACAAAUCUUGAGGCGCUGCUUGACUACACCAACAGAUCGCUCGAUUUCCAAUUGCAGACCAAGUUAUCAGUGCUGGCACCACUCUUUGGGAGGACACUGCAAAAGACAAGUAGAAAGAAUAACGCGAGAUCAGUGUUCAGGAGUAUACGGCCCGGCUUUCGAAACCAGCCAUAUGACAAGGUCAAUGUGCACAGCGACAUUGCCACGCAAUACGACGCAGCUGCAAAUAGUGAGACUCACCCUCGGAUAUACACGUGGGACUAUGACCACUCGACCACCUGCAGAGUUGGAACAGUCCCGAAAAACACGGUCCCACAGGACCUAGACGGCAAGCAAUCGGCAACGUCAGCAGUCACAAACGCCUACAACCUUUUGAGCUCAUCACUCCGAGACGGGCACGUCCGCGGAUCCGAAAACUUUGAUGUCCACAUCCACUCGAUCGCCAGCGACACGAUCUCGGCGGAGCAAGAACAGCCGUGGAAGGUGGGGAAGAUGGCCGUUUCCAUUGACCAGACACUCAUCAAUGUGACCGUGGCGACUGAAGAUUUAUUCGAAGCCGCUUCGGAGAUCGACACGGCAGGAUCGCGAAAGGUUUACCUGCACAUUCCGACACUUGGGACGUUCAUCGAGUAUCGGUGUUACUCGCUGCUGUCCUACUUUGAGAGCCAGCGCUCCGCUGUAGCAGGGGGUGCUGACGCUUCUGGGGGUGCCGUUACCGCGCCGAUGCCGUGCAAGGUGCUGAGGGUGCUGAAGAAGAAUGGCGACUCUGUGAAAAUAGGAGAGAUUGUGAUGGUCGUGGAGAGCAUGAAGAUGGAGAUCAAUAUCUCAGCAUCCAAGGAUGGAGUUUUCGAGACCUCGGUUCGCCAAGGCGACGGCGUCGAUCAGGGAGUCGUUUUGUGUCUCCUGAAUGACAAGGAGAAGUCAAAGACUUGA